AUGCCGGUUUUUGAUGGGCUCCGACACGGCGAGCCGGUCGACGGCAGUCCAGGUCCUGGUUUCAACGAGACUUCCAGAAAGAAGAUUGUCGUCGUCGGCCUGGGCAUGGUGGCCAUUUCAUUCAUUGAGAAAGUCAUCAAGCAGGACACGGACCGACGAUACGAUAUCCUAGUGAUCGGUGAGGAAGCACACGUUGCUUAUAAUCGUGUGGGUCUAUCGUCAUUCUUUGAACAUCGCAAGAUCGAGGAUCUUUACCUGAAUCCCAAGGAAUGGUAUGGAUCGUUCAAAGAGCGAGCAUUUGAUCACCAUCUCAACACCCGUGUCACCGAGAUCAAUCCCAAUACAAAGACCGUACAGACCUCUUCUGGAAGUACGAUCCCCUAUGACAUCCUCGUCCUCGCGACUGGCUCCGAUGCCGUCCAUCCUACACAUACCCCGGGCCACGAUGCCAAGGGUGUCUUUGUGUACCGCACAAUCCAGGAUCUUGAGCGUCUGAUCCAUUUUGCAUCGCAACAUAAAGGCGAAACAGUAGUCACAGUCGGAGGUGGAUUGUUAGGGCUUGAGGCUGCCAAGGCCAUGACCGACCUGAAAGACUUUGGAAACGUCAAACUGAUUGAUCGCAACAAGUGGGUACUGGCACGUCAACUGGAUGCAGAUGCAGGCACUCUUGUAACCCGCAAGAUCCGCGAGUUGGGACUCGAUGUGUUGCAUCAGAAGCGAGUCGCAAUUGUCAACACGGAUUCGGAUAAUAAUGUAACUGGGAUCACUUUUGAGGAUGGGGAGCAGAUUCAGUGCUGUUGUAUUUGCUUUGCGAUCGGUGUAAAACCGAGAGAUGAACUGGGUCUUUCCGCUGGGAUCCAGUCUGCCGAUAGAGGAGGAUUUGUUAUUGAUGAGAGCUUGCAAACUUCGGUACCCAAUAUCUAUGCCGUGGGCGAAUGCGCCAGUUGGGAGAAUCAGACAUUCGGUAUCAUCGCGCCUGGUAUAGAGAUGGCUGAUGUGCUGGCCUACAACCUUACCAAUCCAGACAAAGAACCUAAAAGCUUCACACGACCGGAUCUCAGCACAAAACUAAAGCUCCUCGGUGUGGAUGUCGCCUCCUUUGGAGACUUUUUUGCCGACAGAGAUGGUCCUAAGUUCCUCCCAGGUCAACGACCAUUAGUCCCCGCACCGAGUGAAGAUGGCUCUCGAGAGAAAGAGCCUCCUGUUAAGGCUCUGACGUACAAGGACCCGUUCGGUGGGGUGUACAAGAAAUACCUCUUUACCAUGGAUGGGAAAUACGUACUUGGAGGCAUGAUGAUCGGAGAUACUCGGGACUACCUGAAACUGAACCAGAUGGUCAAGUUACAGAAGGAGCUGGAUAGUCCACCUAGCCAAUUCAUUUUGGGGGCUCAGAAAGACGGAGAGGAAAAUGCGGAUGACCUUGACGAUGACACUCAAAUCUGUUCCUGCCACAACGUGACAAAAGGCGACGUGGUUGAUAAUGUCAAGAACGGCACUUGCAAGACGAUGGGCCAGGUCAAGUCCUGCACGAAGGCAGGGACCGGCUGUGGUGGGUGUCUACCACUAGUGCAGUCCGUUUUCAACAAGACCAUGCUGGAAUUAGGACACGAGGUGUCAAAUCACUUAUGCUCCCACAUUCCGUACUCGCGUGCAGACCUGUACAACAUCAUCGCCAUCAAACAGCUAAAGACGUUCCCCGAAGUGAUGGGAUCUGCCGGAAAGAACCCGGAGUCCCUUGGAUGUGAACUCUGCAAGCCCGCGAUAGGCUCAAUCCUCUCGAGCUUGUUCAACCCACACAUCAUGGACAAAGGAUACAACGACCUACAAGACACAAACGACAAAUUCCUCGCCAACAUCCAGAGAAACGGGACAUUCUCCGUCGUGCCUCGGGUGCCCGGCGGAGAGAUCACAGCCGACAAGCUCAUUGCUAUUGGCUCGGUCGCGAAGAAGUACGGAUUAUACUGCAAGAUCACGGGUGCACAGCGAAUCGACAUGUUCGGUGCCAAGAAGCAGGACCUUUUGAACAUCUGGACAGAGCUUAUUGACGCUGGAAUGGAAAGUGGACACGCUUAUGCCAAGGCACUUCGCGCUAUCAAGAGUUGUGUUGGCACUACAUGGUGUCGCUUUGGACUCAGUGAUAGUGUUGGGAUGGCGAUUCGUCUUGAGGAGCGGUAUAAGAGUGUUCGGGCACCGCAUAAAUUCAAAGCCGCUGUUUCUGGCUGCGUACGAGAAUGUGCCGAGGCACAGAACAAGGACUUCGGUCUCAUCGCAACUGAGAAAGGUUUCAAUCUCUAUGUCGGGGGGAACGGAGGCGCUAAACCUCGACAUUCUGAGCUUCUCAUGAAGGAUGUCCCGCCAGAGAUGAUCAUACCCAUCGUCGAUCGCUACUUGAUAUUCUAUAUUCGAACUGCCGAUAAAUUACAACGAACGGCUCGGUGGAUUGAAAAUCUGCCAGGUGGAAUCAAUUAUCUGAGGGAGGUCAUCAUCGACGAUAAGCUGGGUAUCUGUGCCGAUAUGGAGAGACAGAUGCAGGAGCUAGUUGAUAGCUACUUCUGCGAGUGGACUGAAACUGUCCGAGAUCCCAAGCGACGCAAGGUCUUCCAGCAGUUUGCCAAUACAGACGAGACAGCUGACACCGUUGAAGUUGUCCAAGAGCGAUCCCAAACGCGUCCUACAUACUGGGCCAAAGAUUCGGCAAAGGAUGACUUCAAAGGCCACAAGUGGUCGAGUGUUUCAUGGCAACCCGUUAUCCGAGCAGAUCACUUCUCGGAUGAACCUCCUCGUGUUUCCUCGGCCAAUAUCAAGCGUGGAGAUACACAGCUCGCCGUGUUCAAGGUUAAGGGCAAGUACUAUGCCACGCAGCAGAUGUGUCCUCACAAGCGGGCAUUCGUACUCUCCGAUGGCUUGAUUGGAGAUGACGACGCGGGCAAAUAUUGGGUUUCUUGCCCAUACCACAAGCGCAACUUCGAGCUCAAUGGCGAGCAAGCGGGUCGCUGCUCUAACGAUGAGGACAUGAACAUUGCUACAUUCCCGGCGGAAGAGAGGGACUGUGGUUGGGUCUAUCUCAAGCUACCUCCUGUUGAGGAAUUGAACUCGGUGCUUGGAACUGAGAAGUGGAAGGUUAGGAAGGGAGAAACUCCCAGUCCCUUCCAUAAGAUGGAUAAGAAGUACAAGGGGAUGAAGGGCAAGAAGAUUUUGGACGGUGAAAUUGCCUCGAAAGCCCCAAUCCGGCCAGCUAAUGCGAUCGACUGGUGA